AUGGCAACUCCCUCAUCGCCUGGCAUCCCGAGGUCCGACUCGGCGUCACCUCCUCCCGCAACCAUCCCGGAUCGUCCUGCCUCACCGGAGGUGCCACUCACCAUGUCCGCCUCAGCCAUCCUAAUAGCUCAACCUCGCGAUGUGGCUUCUGCCCUGGCCAGCGCUGGCGAAUAUCCUUCGGAAAAGGUUGUGGUCAAGUUCAAGGCCGUCGGAAGUGCGCCCUCGCUCGCUCGAGGGGUAGCCAAGAUCUCCUCCACCCAAACUUUCCACACCGUUAUCUGGUAUCUCCGAAAAAGGCUCAAGCUUCAAGAAACAGACAGUGUCUUUUGUUACGUCAAUGACUCUUUUGCCCCAUCUCUCGAUGAGAUCGUCGGUAACUUGCACAGUUGUUUCAAAGAUUCAAGCGGCCAGCUUGUGAUUUCUUAUGCUAUGAAUCCAGCAUUUGGCUGA